GCCGCCGUCUCUCUCGGAGCCAAUCAGAGCGCCGAGCGCUGUGUGGCGGAAGUAGGCUGCCGUCGGCGGCGCCGCGCCAUGGCUGCCGGUUCUGUGGUGAUGCUGACGCGAGCCUUGGAGGCGCUGGAUGUUGGCGGUGCAGCGGAUAAGAUUAAUUUGAUACCUCAAGACUUCUUUGCAGAACUAUGUGAGCAGAUAAUUCAACAUCUGAACCAUAAGAUCCCAGGUGUAAAUACAGUUGAACUGUGUCAAAGAUUGCAGACAUCUGGGAUUGAGGUUAAUGUUGGUGACCUGGCAAAAAUAACUAACAUUGUUUCCUUUUCGUUUAGCACAGCAGCCAGGAACAAUCUCUCUGCGGAGGAGCUCAUCACUGCCUUGGGCAGCACAGUCAACAAGCUGCCUAAGCAUGCAAUACAAGUUAUUCGUCAUGUAUGGAAUGAGCAGGGCAAAUCUGUUGGUAUGUCAGAAGAUAAAGGAAGUAUGACCACAGUGGGCCAGUUUGUAGAUAUUAAAUGGAAACUGGGAGUUGCAAUGAGCUCUGACACCUGCAGGUCUCUGAAGUAUCCUUACGUUACGGUGACUCUGAAAAUAGCAGACCCUUCAGGACAAAUAACCAACAAAUGUUUUGAAAUGACAGUCCCACAGUUCCAGAACUUCUUCAGACAGUUCAAGGAAAUGGCAGCUGUUCUUGAAACAGUUUGAACAGAACUGUUAUUUAUCCUGAAGUUCCUGACAGGCUUGUAUCAAGUAAACUUUCUGUUCUGCACAGGGAAUGUAGUGCCAUUGUUCAGCAAGGUAUGUAUCCGUAUCCUCUUGACAGGUAUUUGUCACAGUCAUCCGUACGUAGCUGAGAGGAUUUCUUCACUUUUGAAUACUUGAAGCCAGUUCUGUGUGUACAAGUGGUCAGCACUGAUAAAUGAAAGAUCAGGAUCUCAACAGAAACAUGUCACUGUAGACUUUACACUCUCCAAGAGUGAAAAACUACAUUUGAGAAACGACACAUUCAGCUCUGGAGUACAGAAAGAUGUGAAAAUGUUAAUUUGACUGAGGGGGUACUAAGAGAAGUGUAAAUCCCAUGUUAGCGGUUUGGUCUGUAAAACUGAGAUGUGCCUGGAGUCAACAGCAAUAUUAACUGUACGGAGUAUGUGGAAAUCACACAUAGCAAGCAUACGAUUAUUCUUGAGGAACAGCACUGUCAAGUAGUUGGUUGCAGGUAUUUGCAGACCAGGCUUUCAGUAUCCUUUGAAAUGGAACGUGCACUUGUCCUAAUGGCUUGAUUAUUUUGAAUGCUUAUUUCUCAGCUCCCAGACUUCUGAAAACUGAGGUUAAUGCAUUAAAUUUCUCUGGAGAGCUAUUUUUUGCUCUGAAAUGAAGCCCGGAGGUUAGAUUUAAAUAGAGGAAGAAAGGUGAAUUUAAUUCCGGAGCAUUUUAAUGUGUUUUUCCCUUUGUAUUUAAUCCAAGUCUAAUCUGUGGCACUCUGCUUGAUGAUUUCCUUAGCAGUCUGCUUUCUGAUUAAAUUAAAAUAUUGAUGUAACUGCCUCACUCUGUGCUCUGAACUAGAAAAACUGAGAAGAGGCUUAAAACUUCAGGCUAGUGCAUUAGGCAAACACAGCAGAGAAAUGACCAUCCUAAAAGUCUGCAAGACUUCCCGGCUUGUUGUGUUGUUUGGCAGGAGCCUAGUGGACUGUUGCUUUCCCACUCACAGAAAAUGACCUAGCCAGUAAAAUUUUGACUGUGAUUCUGAAGGCAAAUGGGGACAUUUUCAAAGAGAGAGUGAUAAAUAGAGUGGGCUUGCAUACUCUUAAUUUCUUUUUUUUCUUGUGUCUUAUCUAAAAACUAGAAAUAUGACCGUGUUUAAAAAACACUACUGUUGCAUUUCAAGACUUGCUGGUGAUGUAGUAAGGCAGAUAAAUCUAAGAGAGACAGUUCACACUGAUAAGCAGCUGGAAUUUAUGUUGUGGCUUCAGAAUGGUAGAGACUAAGAACCAGUUUUGUUGGGACAGAUCCUUACGUAAGAACAUCUACCUUUCUAAUGCACAUAAAUAGUUCAUUAACUUUUUUUUAGAAGCUGGCUGGAUGUCAGUGGUGCAAGUUUUGCCUGCCUUUGUCUCAUGAAAAUGGACUGCAACACAGAGCAUACCGCAAUCCUUCCUAUAGAGAUAUACCCCUAUAUAAGCAUUAUGCAUAGUACAUAAAGACAGUACUUGGAGUUAGUUAGAUCUCAGAUAAAUGAAACAUUGUUGUCUUUAACAAAAGACAGUACAAGUUUUGGCCAUCAGUCCUUCCUCUGUGCUGCAGAAGUCAAAGGUGUUUGCUCCAUGGUUGGGGAGAGCAGGAUGCAGUUCUGCUGACCCUGUCAGUAGAGUGCCACAGAAUGACAAACUGGAAGUCUUUUCCUGAGACCUUUUUCCUUAUCUGAUUACAAGGUUUGAACGUGGUGCAAAAAAUCAUCUCUGUGUAUGGAAAAGUAUUGCGAGCAGCUGAUAUUUGUCAUUGUUUACUUUUUUUUUUGAAGUUGGAAUGUAGGGCUUCUGUAAUCGGAAAAUAUUGCCAUGCUGUGGCCUAGUGAAUUAAUUGGUUUUGAUCACUGUGAGAAUUCCAGAACUUGUUGCUGUUGUUUUUUGUUUGGUUGGUUGGUUGUUUUGUAAAGCUGGAGCAUUACAAAUACUCCCCUUUGUCCUAGUGCACUUAAGUUCUUCAUACAGCUGGAAAUACUCGUGCCUUCACUGGAACUGGAUGCAAGAUUAAUUAAUAAUGUCUUAGCUUCUAGAAACAGCAGUUUAGUACAUUCUGAAAGGGAAUGAGAAGAAGUUCAGUUACCGUUUUUGUUUGGUCCAUCACUAAGAAAAGAAAAUUAACAGCCUCUAAAGAGUGUAACUGUUACAUUUUUUUUUUUUCCAAGUGAUAUGUUCCAGAAGUACUAAUGACUGUUUUUGAAGCAUCGCUGUGCUCUUAUCAAGCUGUCGGGCUGGGUGGGAGUUGCCUAGACAUGUGUGGUACACCAGCACAACUGUCUGAGAAUUUGGAGGUGUUUAUGGACACCUAGGAGAUGUGAUUAAAAGCUGACUCUGUACUCAAACUUUGAGGUUUGUCCUGAUCAGUAUCAGUAGGAAUUCCUAUACUGAGUAAUGGAAGAACGACAUAACUUUAUUUUAAAGAACUAACACUUUGCAGGGUAGCAAUGUGAACAUGUUCAAACAAGCUCUCGAAUUGUUUGUUGAUACGUGCAGGAGCCAGAUCUUUUCAAAGAGAAUCGGAUGUUCCUGAUGUGUUCCUAAUUCUACUUGUUGAUUGAUACAAAAUUGUUUAACACAAAUAUUUUUGUAAGUUCACAAACAAGCAUUAAACGUGUAGUAACAAAGAUAAAAGAUGGUCUGUUUUUUGUUUUAAGCCUACUGCAUGCAAGUCUGUCUCGUAAACACUGCAAUGAGUAAAGUUAAGGACUAAACUAUGCCUAAACUUCUUUCCUUAUUAAAGUAGGAUGAGGUUCAGAGGGUUGCAGUGGUUCUGUCAGAAAGCGGUAACAUUGCUGAGGGAUAUAAGGAAUAUUUGUUACAAUUACAGCUAGACAAGUGCUACAUUGAUUGCAUGCAAGUGGGUUUCUUUCCUUAUGUGUAUUUAGGACACAAACACGCAGUUUUCCUUUUCAACGUUUGCCCAGAACAGGGUAAGAGGAAGGAAAGUGGAGGGAAGAAAGGGUAUUACACAGUAAACAAAGCCAAAGGAGGGAAUAAUAAGGGAAUCUCCUGGCGGCGGCUCUAUGUCUUUAGUGUGGCACUUUUUUUUUCUUUUCCUGCAUUAUUUUCAAACACAUCAGUCCCCUUGGUAUUUUGUUUACAAAUGAAUAAAGGCUCACAGAAAGAAUAUAUAAAUGGCUCCAGUCAUUUCUGUGUACUACUGGUGUAUAUAUUUAGCUGCAGGUCAUGGCCGAUGGAAAAACUGCGUCUAUGUUACUUUGUUUCUGCUUCCAGUGAAUUGUGCUGCCAUUCUUUAACCAUGUUUCAGAGGUAGGUUCACAGUCAACAAGGUUAUUUACCAUCCCCUCCCCCCUCUUAUUAUUUUUUUCACUUUUCUAUUUUCAGGUUUUUUCACUGUAUCAGUUACCCUAGCUUUGACCCACUAAAAAUAAAAGUAAAGAGAGACGCUUUGUGGAGAGAAAUAACUGUUUCUUCUUCCUGCUUGCUCUCUUCCUUAUCAUCUGAGUGCUUUAUUACCCUCUUACUGUGAGUACAACGAGAGAGCAGCUCCCAGCCCUUUGCAGAACGGUUAUUCUGCUUAGCCUUUGCAGGUACCAGAACAUCAUAAAGUUGCCUGAGUCAUUUAAUGCUACCCGCAGAAAAAAUGCCCCAUCUUUUGAGAAGUAUUGCAGCAGCUGAGGGACUUAAAAUUCAACAGCCUCUAUCCUAUCCAGUACUCUGUGGUUAACUUUUUUUCUUCCAUAGUGGCACUAAUUUCACAAAUAUCAUAUGACUCUUGGUGGGGCUGCUAGCUUAAUGGACGUUCACUUGGUUUAGGAAUUUGGGUCUAUGCAGGUCAGCACAUGAUGUUCGAAGUGCCUACAGGUGGAGUUAGCGUUCCUGCUAUGUUGCUUCAUUCCUCCCUUCCUAAUGCCUGUAGGAGACUCAGUCACCUCAUAAACAACUGAAUUUGUUUGUCACAGUGGACUUGUCCAAAUGUUUGCUUCUACCACACAGCACUGUCGAUACAUACUCAUACACUUUUUCUCAUAGUACUGGAGUUGUCCAUGGAGUGGGACGAUGCUUGGCACUUGGUAUGCCCUUGAUUCUUUCUGUGUUUCCUCUUCUCUGCCCCAGUUUUCUCCAGUGAUGGAUUACAUUUCAUCCACUUUAACUGCGAUAAUCAUUUCUGUCCAUUAUGUGUAGCUGCCAGCUUCCAAAUACUCCGUUAGUGUUUACAUUAUGAAAUGUCCUUAUGUUGAUAAGUUGGAUGUUCAUUUCAAUUUUGUAUUUCACAUACUUAGCUUUAGAACAGUAAGUUUAACAUGUAAAACAAAGGGAGAAUUCUAUUGCUUGAUGUAAUGCAUGUCUGUGUUAUACGGUGCUUUUUUUAAGAUGAAUUUGUCAUAGCAUUGGUCACAAGGUGGCACUGCUUCCUGCAGUCUUGCUAGACAGUAAUCCUUUGGGAGCGUACCUGACAAGGGUGUAAGGACUUCUUGUUCUCUUCUCUGCUUAUAACUGUACCUACAUAUCCAUUUUAUGGUAACUUCCAUGCUACUUUUUACAUUUUAUGGAAAUACUGUCACUUUUGUGUUAAUUAAAAAACAAAAAGAAAGCCAGAAAGACUUCCAGCAACUCAAAGAAAACUCUUGCUUCUUAAUAAUAACAGAAUUACAUACCAUACAUUCUGUAUUUGCAGAAGCUCAGGACAGUAAUUUUUAACUAUGCUAGCACUUCUACAUUAUGACUUGCUCUUGAAUUAGUAUCAUGUUAUGUUUUUACUGGGAUCUAUUACAGUUUCUUUUUUUUCCUGUAUAUACGUGUCUCAGAUUUUUCUAGAUCAAUAUCUUGUUCAUAGAAUAAACACUGGCAUUUCUCUGCUCAAAAUUUUCAUGCAUUUUAACCACCCUAA